ACACACUCCCCAGACAGAUAACAUUUACAGUUGUUUCCACGCUCCUCUGGGUCAAUACCACUUCCCCCGGAGAUAGCACACAGUGCACAGAUGUUCACUCCACUAAAGAAUUAGCGUGUUUGUCCAAGAAGCGCAAACACUAUUCCCUACCAAAGAAGAAGUCAGCUGGUCCGGCGUAUCUGUGUUGGCGCUAUAAAGCGCAGCAGGUCGUCGUCGAUGCUUCGUUAUCGGCUCAGAGGAUGAAUCUCUCUCAGGCGGACGUGUGCUGCGCCUUCGAGUCGCCCAUCCUGGAUCAGGUUUUACCCCCCAUCCUGUUUUUGGAGUUCAUAUUUGGACUGAUGGGGAACUUCGUCGCCCUGUGGAUGUUCAUCUUCCACAUGGACGAGUGGAAACCCAACGCCGUGUACCUGACUCACCUGGCUGUAGCAGACUCCAUCGUGCUGUUCUGCCUACCUUUCAGGGCUGACUACUACAGGCGUGGAAAAAACUGGCUCCACGGCGAUGCCAUGUGUCGUAUCCUGCUCUUUCUGCUCGCCGCCAACCGUGCGGCGGGGAUCUUCUUCCUCACGGCCGUGGCUGUCGAUCGUUACUUGAAGAUCGUCCACCCGUUGAACCGGAUCAACCAAAUGGGCCUUGGGUACGCUCUCUGCGUCUCCCUCGGCCUCUGGGGUCUGAUUUUUCUCGCCACUGGAUAUCUUCUUGCCGACGAGCACUUCUUCUACAACAGCAACCGUACGCAGUGUGAGAGUUUCAACAUCUGCAUGGGCUUCAGCCCCCUCUCCACCUGGCACAACACCUUCUACGUCGUCCAGUUCUUCCUUCCCACUUCGAUCGUCGCUUUCUGCACCACCAGAAUCACGUGGCAGCUGAGAAACAGGACUUUGGACAAAAAGGGUAAAAUCAAGCGAGCCGUUCAGUUUGUCAUGGCCGUGGCUUUAAUCUUUAUCACCUGCUUCUUUCCCAGCACGAUAUCCCGCAUAGCUGUGUGGAUCCUAAAGGUGUGGUAUGACGAAUGCAAAUACUUCGAAGAGGCCAACCUGGCGUUCUACACGUCAGUGUGUUUCACUUACUUCAACAGCGUCCUCAACCCUGUUGUGUAUUAUUUCUCGAGCCCUGUCUUCAGCGGCGCCUUCAAGAAGCUUCUGAAUAAGUUGCUGGGAAGGAGCGAUGACAAAGAUCAGAAGGAAUCAUCCGAGAACGAGAUUUCCACCGUUGAUGGUAAAAGGUCAUAAAGCAGAGAGGUUAGACGGUUAACGUCCUGGCUGUUGAUAAAGUUUUACAGUAAAAUGUAGAGAAGAGGUUUUGCUGUAAUUGUUAAGAACAAAAAUACCCACCUAAAAUAAUUAUAACCUGCUGAGUGCUGUUUACCUGUAUAGGUACGCUUGUGAGUGUGUUUGCUGUGUUUAAAGUAAUUAUGAGCCAUUAACAAUGACAAAUAUUCUUCAUUUGUGAGGAAAACUAAUUAUAUAUUCACUGCAAAUGUUUGGAAAGGUGAAUAAAUCUGUCAAAUUAGUGAUGUAAUGUAUAUAUCUGAUUUUUUUGCUUUUUUUUGCCACUCAAUCAAAUAUUUACAGUACAAAUAAGUUCAACUGAGGUUUUCUGAGUCUAGGAGGGUAGUGAGCAUUAAGGUCAUUUCAACUAAUACUGUAAAAGUCAUGCAUUUCACUCUGAUUUUCUGUGUGUGUGUAUUUUUUGCAUAGUUCUUUGUAUGCUGUUACAUUUCCUGUUCAAUAAAUUAAUCAAACGUCAGGAUAACCAACA